AUGGCGGUUGCUGCAACCGGGCGCAUGGCCCCGUCAGCCACCGGACAUGUACGACACAAUCCGGCAAGAUUUUCCGGCAGAAAUGGGAAAUCAGCGGUAAACUUGGGCCAUGGAGAACUAAUGGGCGAGAAGCUCAAGUUUGCGCCUUUUGUUCAAAGGAGCAAAAACCGUGCUAUCGUUACCACUCCUCGAGUCCGCAACUCACUUACAGCUGAUUUUUCAGGUGAGACUAAGUUGAGAGAGGUUGAUAUGGAGAAGAGAGAUCCAAGAACAGCCGUGGCAAUCAUUCUCGGAGGUGGGGCCGGCACUCGUCUUUUCCCUCUCACUAAACGUCGGGCCAAGCCCGCCGUUCCGAUAGGAGGAGCGUAUAGGCUGAUUGACGUGCCAAUGAGCAACUGCAUUAAUAGUGGCAUCAAUAAAGUGUAUAUCCUCACACAGUUCAACUCAGCUUCACUCAACCGCCAUCUCGCACGAGCCUACAACUCUGUUGGCCGUGGGGUUACGUUCGGGGAUGGCUUUGUUGAGGUUUUGGCGGCCACGCAAACGCCGGGUGAGGCGGGUAAAAAUUGGUUCCAAGGCACUGCGGACGCUGUUCGGCAAUUCCACUGGCUAUUCGAGGAUCCGAGAAGCAAACAUAUUGAGGAUGUUCUCAUUCUGUCGGGAGAUCACCUGUACAGGAUGGACUACAUGGACUUUGUUCAGAAUCACAGGCAGAGUGGUGCAGAUAUCACUAUAUCAUGUUUGCCGAUCGAUGACAGUCGCGCCUCGGAUUUUGGUUUGAUGAAGAUUGACAACAAAGGAAGGGUACUUUCGUUCAGCGAGAAACCCAAAGGAAAUGACUUGAAGGCAAUGGCUGUAGACACGACUGUUUUGGGACUGUCGAGGGACGAGGCUGAGAAGAAGCCUUAUAUUGCUUCAAUGGGAGUUUAUGUCUUUAAGAAGGAAAUACUUCUCAACCUUCUCAGAUGGCGUUUUCCGACUGCAAACGAUUUUGGAUCAGAAAUUAUACCUGCUUCGGCUAGAGAAUUCUUUAUUAAGGCGUAUCUGUUUAACGAUUACUGGGAAGACAUUGGUACAAUUCGAUCGUUUUUUGAAGCUAACCUUGCCCUGACGGAGCAUCCACCAAGAUUCAGCUUCUAUGAUGCAGCAAAGCCAAUAUACACAUCAAGAAGAAACUUGCCGCCAUCAAAGAUAGACAACAGCAAGAUUGUUGAUUCAAUAGUAUCUCAUGGGAGUUUCUUAACUAGUUGCGUUAUCGAACACAGUGUUGUCGGCAUUCGGUCACGUAUAAACUCCAACACUCACCUCAAGGAUACGGUGAUGCUGGGGGCCGACUACUAUGAAACGGAUUCCGAAAUUGCGUUAGCUUUGUCUAAGGGGAAAGUUCCUAUAGGGAUUGGUGAAAAUACAAGAAUAAAAGAAUGCAUCAUCGACAAGAAUGCUCGGAUUGGUAAAAACGUAGUCAUUGAAAAUUCGGAGGGUGUACAAGAGGCUGAUAGAACGUCGGAAGGGUUUUACAUUCGAUCGGGCGUCACAGUAAUACCGAAGAAUUCAAUUAUCAAAGAUGGGACUGUGAUAUGA